GUCGGGCUGGGGUUUCCUGGGGCAGUGGAGGGAGAUGGUUUGGGUGGGCUAUGCUGGGGCUGUCUUGGGAAGCCUGUCCCCAGGAGGCACGCAGCUGCCCAAUUCAGGGGAUACCUGCUCCCGGGGGCAUUGUACCCUCAGAGGUGCCUGUCUGCUUGGUUGAGCUCUUAGGCUGGGGGCCCAGCAGUGCCCAGCAUAGGGGCUCACCAGGCAAACAAGGAAGGAGCCAUGAAGCAGCGGGAACCCCGUGGAGGCCCGGAGGUGUGGUGAGCCCCCCGGAGGUGUGGUGACGCCCCUGGGAUUGUGAAGCAUGGAGACCUUACCAGGAGGCCUGGCUGGGGCUGGGGCUGGGGGGAGCCGAGGGCAGGGGCCUCGGCCGGGUGUGUCCUGAUGGUGCUGCACACGUGUGUCUCUGCAUGGAGAAGCCCCCUGCCCCACCACAUGAUCCAGCCCCGCCAGGGGCCCAGGGGCAGAGGUCAGUGGGCAGUGUGAAAACCUUUUCUUGGUGUGUUUUCCAGUCACUGCAGAGCUGGCUUAGUGGGCUUGCUCAGUCUCUGAAAGAGAGUGGUUGGCAGAUGUCUUCCAGGGUCUCUGUGCCCCCAGGGGCUCUGGGGCUGGAGGCACAGGGAGGGCCCCCAGAAGCUUGGGCAAAGUCCCAUCCCGCCCCGGGGCCAGCCGGCCCUGCUCUGCCCCCAGCUCUGGGCUUCGGGCCCCUCUGAGGUCAGUGAGAUGGCGUUGGCCGGAUGGGACCUUUGAUGAGACCCUUCCUUUGCUGGGAGCUGGGCCGCUGUGACCCACUGCCGGGGCUGGUCCUUCCGAGGCCACCCUGUUCUUGGGGCUUGGAGAUGGGGUGUACAGAGGGCUCCUAGGAGAAGCUUCUAGACCUGAACUAGGUACCCUGGGUGUGGCCUCCCUGCUUCCAGCUACUCCGUUUAUUAAGGCCUGGGGUGAGGCCAAGACAAUGGAGGCCGGCCUCUGCCAUGCAUCCCCUAUAGCUCCUGGCCUGACAGCUGGGCUGCCCAGGAGGAGUGUUCUGGGGGCGCCACCACAAUGGGAGGCUUCCUGGAGUUGGUGGCACUGACCUGGGCACAGAGGGGAGUGUCAGAGAUGGUGGGCCCAGCACAGGGUGUGGGGGGACAACGAAGGGCUCCUUACCCGGGGGGAAAAAGCUUAGCCCUUCAUCGACCAGGGCCUCGAACACCAGGCAGAGAGUGGCCUUAGCUCCAAGGGUGCCUGGGAGGCAGAAGGGGGACGUGGGCUGGCAGUGGGGGCCAGCAGGCUCGGUGUAGUGGUGCCGUCAGUCCUCACGACUGUGCUCGUCGGUGCGGGGAGGCGGGGUGGUCCCUGGCCUCCUGCCGGCAGCCCUGCUGGCAGCCAGCACACCGUAAAACAUGGGCAUUUAAGGCCCCCUCUCCAUUUCAUGUGUGCAUUGAUUGCAUUCAGGGUGGGUGGGAAUGGAUUUAUAAUUAGACAACAGUCCUGGCAAUCAAUAGGGAGAUUAUUAGAACCAUAAAUAGAACUUUAAGACUCAGAUGAGGUAAUUUCCCUUGAACUAGGGCAUCAAUCAUUAGGGGUGGCCCUGGAAUGUUAGAAUAUUGUGUGUUAGGCUCCAGAAUUAAAUACUUCUGGAGGGACGUGCUGUGAAUCCCCACCGCAGCCCCACAGUGGCCCUGGGUGCGACUGUUCCCAGGAAGACGUGGAUCUGGCUGGCGGAGUGGGCAGGGGCUGCCGUCCUCUUUGUCCUAUGCCCAGCAGGGCUGCUCCAGAGACUCUGGCCCUCCCGGAGGGGUGGUCUUUGGAGGGGGAGGUGGGGGCCCAGAGCAUCCUGGGUGCUGUGGCCGCGAGCCUGCCCCGUGGCCCUACUGCAGGUCAGGUCGUGGGUGUGGCCACGCAGGGAGCCUGUGUCCGGGGGAGCACCCCUCGCCAGCCGUGGCUGUGAUCAAGGCCACGGCCCACUUCCUGAGUCUGGGGGCCCAGUGCUCAGCCCCUUCCGGGUUCUCCCCCCUCCUGGGUGUGUGCUGAUGCUUCCUGGCUGUGGGGCCCCCAGGUGGGAUGGCCCGGCAGUUGCUUUCCAGACUGUCAGCGAGGCAGCGCUGCCGCCACGGAGGACGGAGGUGCCCGUGGGAGCGGGGCGUCCUGUUCCGUCGCCUGCUGUGGCUGCUCGAGAGUGCUGGGCGACAGCGGUGGGCCACCGCGAACCUGCCGCCCUGGUCGGCUCUGCUGGGACUUGGCUGUGAACCGCAGCGUGUCUCCCUCGUGCCGACAGAGUGCCUGUCAGACAUUCACAGGACACCUGUGCUCAUUGACGGCUCGAGGCCACAAGAGCCAGGCUUUGGCCUUCUGACCUCACAGCGGGCCAGAGGUUGUAGUGCCAUCUGGGGUGGCCGAAGGUGGGCAGAGUGACAGGGUGAAUGACCCAGGACCAGAGAGCCUGUGCAAACCCUGGGUCCUGUAGACAUGGGCCAGGCCCUACCUGGGGUCCUGGGCCUCAGAGUCCAGACAGCAAGUCCCAGAGCAGAGGGUUCCUGGCCAGCUGUGGGGGAAGGGGCACUGAAGGGCCAACCUUGACCAGGAGGAUGGAGGGCUUCCUGCAGGAGGUGCUGCAUGCUGCUUGGAUAUACAGAGUGCGAGGUGAGGUCAUUUUGGUGGUGGCCUGGGCGGAGCCAGCCUUUCCCUCUGCCCGUGGAUGUUGGGUGGUACUGGACUGUCGUGUUGCUCCCACUGACCCCUGUGCCAGCCUGCUUGUCUCCCCCUUCCUGUGAGCCCUGGAAGGGUCCCUGGGGAUGUGGAUGGGACCAUGGAGUGGAGGUUAAGGCAGCCCCUUUCCCUGGGAGGCUGCAGGGAAGUUGCUUCUGUGAUGGGCAGACAAGGUCCCGCUGGAAGUGAGGUGCUCCCAGUUGGAGCCCUGGGUCAGGGUCAGGGGCUGGCCAAGCUUUGAGGGGCAGGAGGUCUGCCCCACAAUGCCCUGGAGCCUGGCACAUGCCCGCUGGGUGAUGUCUCCUGCACCCUGAUCAGGGUUGACACUGUCUGCAAGGUUCCACCCUGCUGCCCUGGGCCCUCACUUACCCUGCCUUUUGGGGUGAAAUAGUCCCAGUGAGGUGUUUAUCCUGAGCUGAUGAACAUGGUCCUUCAUGUGCCAGAGCCUUAACCUGGGUUCAGGCCUGGAGGGCUCCUCAGAAGUGGGUCAGCUUGUAUCUCCCAAGCUGUGCACUGUGGGACCUCAGGGCCCCACUGUGGUCAUUCUCUGGGGACAGACGUGGUGCUGGCUGGCAUGGGUGCCCCUGUCUGGCAGGUCCUGCCCUUGGCCCUGCUCUGGAGGCCCCCGUCUGGGCAGCCCCUCACGCUGUCCUCUCUCCGCGCUUUUCUUUCGUUGCUGCUCUGGCGCCUCCAUCACGUUUUCUGUUUGGCCGCCCACCCGCCCGCUGCCCCUUCUUCUGUCCCCGUGUUGUGGUCUUCCCUCUCUCCGCCCUCCCCGCCCGCCCCCUCCGGCUUCUUUUGGCAUGCCCGGGGUCUGCUUCUGGCAGGAAUCGGCCGGAGCCGUGUCUCGGCAGCUCGGGACGGUGGAGCCGAGGCGCGUGCGGGACUCCCGAGACAGGCUGAAGCUGCGGUGGCUGCAGUAGCAGUGGCAGACACGGUUCGCGAUGGUGCCCCCGCUGUGGGCCCUGACAGUGCGUCCACGACCUGGGGCCGGGGUAGGGCCUGCACUGCUGCCCUGCUCACCCCAGCCCCGGGCACCCUGGCGGGGGGCUCCACGGGCCCAUCAGCUGCAGCCUCCUUCUUCAUCAGGGCCGCCCAGAAGCUCAGCCUGGCCUCCAAGCGCAAGAAGCCCCACCCACCACCAAGCCCUGCCACCCGCGGCGCCCCCACCUACCCCUCGGACUUCAGCGGGGUCCUGCAGCUGUGGCCGCCCCCCGUCCCCCCCUGCUUGCUCAGGGCUGCCGUCAAGGCCAAGGGCAAGGACAGCCCUGGCAGUGCUGGAAAGGUGAAGGUCAUGCUGCGGAUCUGGCCAGUGCAGGGGGCCCAGCACUCGGCCGAGUCCACAGCCUUCCUGAAGGUGGACCCUCGGAAGAAGCAGGUGACCCUCUACGACCCGGCUGCUGGGCCCCCCGGCAGCUCAGGUCCCCAACGGGCCACCACUGCCGCGGCUCCCAAGAUGUUUGCCUUUGACGCUGUCUUCCCCCAGGACUCGGAACAGGCCGAGGUCUGCUCGGGGACAGUGGCCGAUGUGCUCCAGGCAGUGGUCAGUGGGGCCGAUGGCUGCGUUUUUUCCUUCGGCCACACGAGCCUUGGCAAAUCGUAUACCAUGGUGGGGGAGGACCGCUCGCCCCAGAGUCUGGGCGUCAUGCCCUGUGCCAUUUCCUGGCUUUUCCGGCUUGUCGGUGAGCGCAAGGAGAGGACGGGCACCCGCUUCUCUGUCCGGGUCUCAGCCGUGGAGGUGUGCGGCCAGGACGGGAGCCUUAGGGACCUGCUGGCCGAGGUGGCCUCUGGUGGCCUGCAGGAUGCCCAGUCUCCAGGCGUGUACCUGCGGGAGGACCCUGUAUGUGGGGCUCAGCUCCAGAACCAGAGCGAGCUGCGGGUGCCCACGGCCGAGAAGGCGGCCUUCUACCUGGACGCAGCCCUGGCUGCCCGCAGCACCAGCCGGGCGGGCAGCAGCCAGGAUGCCCAGCACAGCUCACACGUGUUCUUCACACUGCAUGUCUACCAGUACCGCAUGGAGAAGUGUGGCAAGGGCGGAAUGUCUGGAGGCCGUAGCCGUCUGCACCUCAUUGACCUGGGCAGCUGUGAGGGGGCACCUGGCAGGGGUGGGGAGGCCCCUGGGGGCCCCCUGUGUCUGUCCCUGUCGGCCUUGGGCAGCGUCAUCCUGGCUCUGCUCAGCGGGGCCAAGCAUGUGCCCCAUAGGGACCACAAGCUCACCAUGCUGCUGCGGGAGGCCCUGGCCACCACCAACUGUCGUGCCACCAUGAUCGCUCACGUCUCGGAUGCGCCCGUCCACCACGCCGAGACUCUCAGCACUGUGCAGCUGGCCGCCCGCGUUCACCGCCUGCGCAGGAAGGUCAAGUACAUGUCCAGCUCCUCGGGCGGGGACAGCUCCUGCGAGGAAGGCCACGCCCGUCGCCCCCAGCACCUGCGGCCCUUCCACCCCCGCUCCGUGGCCCCGGACCCCGACCGCCUGUUCCCUGGCUCGCCUGGCGACCUUGACUACUCGUCCAGCAGUGAGCAGUCCUGCGACACUGUCAUCUAUGUGGGGCCUGGUGGGGCGGCGCUGUCAGACCGCGAGCUGACCGACAACGAGGGCCCGCCGGACUUCGUGCCCAUCAUCCCCGCGCUGAGCCGCCGCCGGCCCUCCGAGGGCCCCCGAGAUGCAGACCACUUCCGCUGCAGCACCUUUGCAGAGCUGCAGGAGCGGCUGGAGUGCAUUGAUGGCAGCGAGGGCCCCUUGGGAGCCCCGGGUGGCCCGGCCCGAGGGGGCAGGAAGCCUUCCCUGCCUGACGCCGUGGCCCUCAGAAAGGCUGUGGGCUCCCCGCUGGCUGCCAGCACACCUCGUGGCAGCCCCAGCCCAGACACCCACCAGGGUGCCUUGGAGCCCUCUAGGGCUGGAGGUGAUCAGAGGGAUGGCGUCAGCACCAGGCCUGAGCCGCCUGUUCUGGACAAGGCCGUGGGGGGUGGAGGCCGGAGGCCGCUGCCUGGCCCGGCCCCUCCGCCGCAGCAGCCAGAGGCCAGCAGAGCCCCAGAGGAGCCCGGUGUCCGGGGUGCCGAUGGCGUGGUGCGGACUCCCCCCGUGGGCACGAGUGGGCGGGCAGGCUGCCCCCAGCCAUCUGAAUGGGGCUGCCACCUGGAGCGAGGCCUGCUGACUGCCACGGUGACUUUGCAGCAGCCCGUGGGGCUCAACGGCGAGGAUGAGCUGGUGUUCACCGUGGUGGAGGAGCUGGCCCUGGGCGGACUCUCAGGCCCCGGGCGCCCUGCCAGCCUGGCCAGUUUCGGCAGUGACUGCUCCCUGCAGGCCCUGGCCUCGGGCUCCAGGCCGGUCAGCAUCAUCAGCAGCCUCAACGACGAGUUGGAUGCAUACGUCCUGCAGGCCCCCUGCGGGCCCCUGGGCGGGGCCACCCACGCGGGCAGCAGUCAUAGCUCCUCCCUCAGCUCUUGGCUCAGCUCGGUUGGCGUGUGCACGGCCGACAGCCGUAACCCCACGCCGCAGCCCCCCUCUCGGGCCAGCCCGGACCCUUUUGGUCCCGACUCGGUGGCAGGGCCUGACCCCCUGGGCCGCCCAACCCCGGACAGCUCCCUAGAGGGUGGCGGCUUUCUGUUCUCAGAAAAGGGCCGGCCAGACAGUCCUGGCCCAGCCUGGAGUCCUCGUUCUCAGGAGGUGGCCGCCGCAGCCCCCGGCAGAGCUGGCAGGGAGCCCCAGGCGGUGCCUCCCCGGGCGGCAGCCUCAGCACAGACUCUCCACUCCAGCCUUCCCCGGAGACCGAGGACUACCUCUGCGGCCGGUCACGUGGGCUGCCCUCGCCGGGACCCAAGCCCACCUGGCCCUGGAGACCCGUUCGAGGACCCCUGGCUGCCGCGGGCAGAUGAACGUGUCCCGCUGCAGAUGGCCUCUGCCGGCAGGGCCUCCAGCCCGGCCCUGGUGCUGGCUUGUGCCCGCAGGGUGGUGGAUGGCUGUGAGGUGGCAGGCAGGGUGGCCCACAGGCCGGAGGUUGCGGCUCAGAUCCCACCCCUGCGGAGGGGGGCCACCACGCUGGGUGUGACUACGCCCACGGCAUCCUGUGGGGACGCCCUGGCCGAUGCAGCGGCCUGCGUGGGUAGCCUGAAAGUGGCCCCUGGCAGCAAGAAGAGCACGGCUGCCAAGGGGGGCCUCUUCCUGCGGCCUGGUGGGGUGGCCCCCCCAGCCCCGCCCGUGCGCAAGUCCAGCCUGGAGCAUAAGAACAGCCCCACCCUGGGCCCUCUCCAGGCGGGGUGCCUCCCACGAGGGGAGGAGGAGGCCAGGCCUAGUGGCCGGGCUGACCCCUCCGUCCCCCGGGCCACGUCCAGCCUGAAGGCCCGGGCUGGCAAGGCAGAGGCGGCGUGCCGUCCCACUGCCCAUGGGUCCCUCGAGAGGCGUGAGGGCCUGGCACACAGCAGCGGCAAGGCCAAGGAAGCCCCAGGCAGGCCACUCCGGGCUGUGCCCAGGCUGGGGGUGCCACCCGCCAGCCUCAUGCCUGGGCCGGCUGCUGUCUGUAGGGGCGGCCCGGCCAGGGGUGUGGGGGCCCUUAAGCCCCCAGCCAGCGGGGCCAAGGCCCGCAGCUUGGCGGCUGGCGGGUCGAGGGCCCUGGGCUCCCCAGUGAAGCUGCUGGCCCCUGUGGCCGGCAGGAGCCCUGGCGGUCCUGUGACAGGUCCCAGGGGAGCCCCACGGGUGGCCCCCGGUAUGGGGGCCAAGGCCAGUCGAGGCACUGUCAUGGGCACCAAGCAGGCGCUCCGGGCCACCCACAGCCGUGUCGGUGAGCUGGUGGCCGGCGGGGCGCCUGGCAGAGGUGGCCCUGCGUGGGGCUCGGCCGACUCGGACAGUGGUAACGACAGUGGUGUGAAUGUGGGUGAGGAGCGGCUGCCUGCAGGCCCGGCACUGCCCUCGCCCUAUAGCAAGGUGACAGCCCCCCGGCGGCCCCAGCGCUACAGCAGCGGCCAAGGCAGUGACAACAGCAGUGUGCUGAGCGGGGAGCUCCCACCCGCCAUGGGCCGCACGGCCCUGUUCUACCACAGUGGAAGCAGCGGCUACGAGAGCAUGAUGCGCGACAGCGAGGCCACCGGCAGUGCGUCCUCCGCCCCCGACUCCAUGAGCGACAGUGGGGCUGCCUCCCCAGGUGCCCGCGCCCGCAGCCUCAGGUCCCCCAAGAAGAGGGCCACAGGUCUGCCGCGGAGACGACUGGUCCCGGCCCCACUGCCUGACGCCACCGCCCUGGGCCGCAAGCCCAGCCUGCCUGGGCAGUGGGUGGACCUGCCCCCGCCCCUGGCCGGCUCGCUGCAGGAGCCCUUCGAGAUCAAGGUGUACGAGAUAGACGACGUGGAGCGUCUGCAGCGGCACCGCCCACCCCCGAGGGCAGACCCGGCUGAGCCCUCCCAGGACGUAGAGAAGGGCUUGGUGUGCGUCAGUGCAAAGCUGCGGCUGGCAGAGCGCAGGCAGCAGCGGCUGCAAGAGGUGCGGACCAAGCACCGGCGCCUCUGUGAGGAGCUGGCUGAGACCCAGGGCCGGCUGAUGGUGGAGCCUGGCCGCUGGCUGGAGCAGUUUGAGGUGGACCCAGAGCUGGAGCCCGAGUCGGCGGAGUACCUGGAGGCCCUGGAGCAUGCCACGGUGGCCCUGGAGCAGUGUGUGAACCUGUGCAAGGCUCACGUCAUGAUGGUCACCUGCUUCGACAUCAGCGUCACCGUGCCCACUGCCGCCCUGGGGCUGCAGGAGGUGGACGUCUGAGGCUGGGCAUCAGGACCGGGGGAGGGGACAUGCAGGGGCGAGAGGACGGGACGUGGGGUGGAGCGAGGAUGUGGUGUGGGUAGGAGGAAGGCGGAUGCAGAGGGUCCAGUGCAGGAUCGGGGUCUCGGAGGCAAUGGAGUUAGAGGGAGGGGAAGGCCCGCCAAGCGGCGGACAGGGAGGGAGCGCGCGGGGACGGGAGGCAGCCACCGUCCAGACAAGUGCCUUUACCCUGGAAUUGGACUUCCGUCCUUUUUGUGUUUGGUGCUAAGAACUCACGAUACCAGCAGACGGUGUGCGGCCGCAGCCGGGUGGUGGCUGUGGUCGUCCAGAUUCUGGGCUGGAGCCAGUGGCACUGUUCAUGUCACCUCCACAGCCAAGCAGUUCCAUGCAGCAGGGCAGCCCCGGGCUCCCCAGGCCACUAGUUGAGGAUCAGGGUUAUUUUCCUUUACAGCUCUUUCCUCUCAGCAGAGCCGGCCUAAGGGUCUCCAGACCCUUCCCUCUGCAGGUGAUGACAGUGGGGUCUCCUGGGCGGGGUACCCCAGCCUCCGUUCCCCAGGGCCUGCUUUGUCCUGAGGGUACAGAGAGGGCAGUGACCAAGGGGAGGGCUGGAGGCACACGGCCGGAAUUCUUACCAAAACCACAAGCAAAAACCAGAAAAACCAACACAUACAAAAAAUGGGUGAUAAGGGUUUUGUAAAGGUUCUGUUAGGUUCAUAUUUUUGUAUCAUUUUGCUUAUAAAUGCGGUAUUUGCAGUGGGAAUUUCAAGACAAAUGAUCUAUGUUUUUAUGGUUUUCUAUGAAAGGUAUCCCUCAGGCCAGACUCUUUCUGGGGACACCCUGGGCAGGACAGGGGUCCUGGGGAGGCACUUCUUGCCAGAUGCAGACCAGGGGAUGAGCCUGCCUAUGGGUGGCAUUCCCGGCAGGGUAGGCUCUGUUUUCUGACCAUUGUGCAUUUUCUUGGGGCAGCCAAACCUUUGUACAAAUCUGUAGAUAACAUCUUGCUGCAGCUUUUGUGAAUAAAAGAUGCAUUGAUUGUU